UGUCGGAGGAGGGACUUCCUUUGGAGUUGCAGUUGGAUGGCAGGCAGCUGGUUUUAGGGUGACACGUAACUAAAAUUAAAGGUGCUAUGGAGGCCUCUUCGGGGACUUGUGAUCUUACUUUCCUGUGAACUUUUUCCGUGUUCCUUGCAGCAUUACCGUGGAAAGGCACAAGCCCGUUUUUGUGCAGUGGUGAAGAAGCGACGGGAGCCCCACAUACAGCUUCAGUCAGUCCUGCUUUUCAGCAAACAGCACAAACAGAGGACUUUGAUGUGAGUGUGUGUGUGUGUGAGUGUGAAGUCAAGCGAAAAUCUGAGCCGCUGCUUUUGAAGUACAACCGGGAGGAGAGUCGUGUGCGGAUACUAUGUUGCGAUAAUGUGUACAGCACGGAAUCCCAGCACUUAAAGAGGCGUUUUCUCUCCGUGGAAAUGCUCGGGGAGUGAGGGGAGGACUUCGGUCUCACCACAGGAGGAAAAAGUUGAGUCGGAAGUUUCCAGCAGCAGACACGGGGCUUGUUCGCCCGGACAGCGGGGAGGGGUGCGGGUCCAACAUGGGGAACGGGGUGUGCUCCCGGCGGCAGCGGAGGAUCUUCCAGUCCCUUCUGCUGAUCACGGUGGUGUGCGGGAUGAUCUACGGGGGGAUGAUUUCCUACGAGAUGCACAAACAGCUGAAGAGAACGGAGGCGAUGGCACUGAAGUACCAGCAGCACCAAGAGUCGCUCUCGGCGCAGCUCCAAGUGGUGUACGAGCAUCGCUCCAGGUUGGAAAAGUCUCUUCAGAAGGAGAGGUUAGAGCACAAAAAAGCCAAAGAAGAUUACCUGGUUUACAAACUGGAGGCCCAGCAGUCGCUAAACAAGGAGAAGCAAGAUGCCAACGGCAGAUUCAACUCUCUGCAUGUGCAACAUCAGAUGCUAAAGAACCAGCACGAGGACCUGAAGAAGCAGUACUACGAGCUGCAGGAGCAGCACCAAAUCCAAGGAGAAAACCACGGCCGGCUGCUGGACGAACACAAGGACCGCUACAACAAAUUGGAGCAGGAUAAAGAAAGUGAAAUCUCCAAACUGAAAGAGAAUGUUUAUAACCUGCGAGAGGAAAACAAACAGCUGAGGAAAGCCCACCAGGAAGUUCACGUACAGCUGCAGAGCGCACGGCUGCAGCAUCAAGACCUGAAGGCGGCCCACGACGAGCUUGCACUGACACUUGAAGACCACAAGAGCGCGCUGGCCGCUGCUCAGAUGCAGGUGAAUGAGUUCAAACAGCUGAAGGAGACCUUGAACAGGAUGCCCAGCCUGAGACACCCUGAGCAAAACCCCGUCCCUCAGCAACCAGCAGCUGCCGCAGCGCCCGAGUCCCAUGUCCAUCAAGCGCAGCCAGCCACACUGUUGGUUGAGGAGCACAAAGAGGAGGGUGAUCACCGAGACACUCAGUCCAGGGUGGACCAUCAAGGGGAGGAGGUGCACGCCCAGGCCAAAGUUGAAUCGCACCCUGCCGUAUCCCAACAUGCCUCACCAGAGAAAGAGGAGGACGUGGAUAGAGAGGGAGAGGCCGAGAGGCGGAGAGAGCUGGCGGAGGAGGAGAUGGCCCAAGCGGGGCAGCCUCAGAAACUGGAGGAGGACCCCGACCAACCACAGGAUGAGGAGGAAGGGGAGGAGCCAGAGCAGGAGCAGCCGGAUGAGAACGCCCUGGACCGCCAGAGACGCCAGCCACAACCGGCAGAGCUGCACCAGGAGGCCCAGCUGCAGAAUGAGGCUCACUCCCAGUUGGAACAUGAGAAGUCGGCAUACGAGCAGCAGCAGGAGCAGCAGCGCCUGGAGGCCCAGAGGGCCCAGGAGCGCAGGCAGAUCCAGAUGCGGCAGGAAGCCCUGCGAGCCCAGAGAGAGAGGGAGCAGAGGCUGAAGGAGCAGAGGCUGAAGGAGGAGCGGGAGAGAGAGGAGCAACAGCACAGAGAGGCAGACAGAAGGGAGCAACUGCUGAGAGAGGAGCACCUGAGGAGGAGGACCGAUUAUGAGAACAUGGACCACGACAUCGUCCAAGGCGAAGAGGAUCCACACGGUGAUGAUGAGGAAGAGAGGGAUACCCAUAUGUUACAUGAGGAAGAGGAGAAACCUGAAGAAAUGGAUCAUAGGGUACCAUCACACCAGCAGGGGGCCGUCGAUGGAGAGCUGGAUCCCGAGGACGACCCCAACAACCAGGGAGAGGACGAGUUUGAGGAGGCCGAGGAGCAGCGGCCGCAGCACAGGGUCGGAGGGCUGGAAGAAGAUGAGGUAGAGGAGGAAGAGGAGCCAGCGGCCCCAGCCCAACACAGGGACACACAUCCACACCCCGACCAGCCUGCCGUGGAGGAGGAACUGGUAAUGGCUGGAAACCCAGAUCAGCAAGAAGACACCUUGGAUGAACAGUACCAGGAAGAGGGAGAGGAUGAGGUGCAGGAGGACUUGGCUGGUGGUAUAAAAAGAGAGGAGGAGGUGGAGGAGGAAGGUGAAGACCCAUAUAAUGAGGAGAACAUAGAACAGGAUGAAGUGAAAAACCAGGAGGCAUCGAGAAAAGAGGGCGAUCACAGGAAGGAGACGGAGAACAACGAGGAAGAGAAUUACGAAGAGGAAGAAGAGGAGGUAGAAGAGGACACGGUCGGACGGGACAAGAGAACCAAUCGGAGGGCGGAGAUGUGAGACAGUAGCAGACAUUGACCAAUAGCAGUGCCUUCUCAGCCGCCCUCUGGGCCGAUCAGGUCUUUCUGUUCCCGUUUUUCCAAAGGAGUAACAGCGGUCAUCCACUCUGAUGUCCGAUUGCUAUCAUCAGAGUGCUUUGCUCGGAGAUGGGAUGAUAUUCCCAUCACUGUGGAGUUGGAACUGAUCAACUUACACUGUGGAAAUGGACAGACAGAAUACUUAAGGAGGAAUAAAUAUAUUUUUACAUGCAUUUGCUUGUCUGUCUACCUGCGUGUCUGCCUGAUUGCCUGUCUGGUUAUGUUUUUUCUAUCACUUCUACCAGCAAAAGGGUAGAGAAUGUACUUUUACUGUGUGCCGUCUUUGAGUAUGUGUAAAGAAAGCAAAGAUAAAUGAUUUUGUUCCAAUGUUCAGGCUUUUUAUAUUUGUUUUAUGCAGCAUAUUUCCUUGUUGUAGCUCUGAAAAUCCUUAGGUCCUCGUAAUGCUACCAGUAGCACAAUUUGCAUUCCAAUCAAUCAAGUAAUUUUCUGUUAUUUAUUGUUGAUUUUAACACUUCAGACAAUCAUGAAAGGUGCAGCAUUUUAUUUUUAUUUUUAUUUUUUUCCCUGACUGAAUUAGGUUGGCUCAUAAGUUGCUUCUUGAGGCUGACAUGCAGGCAUAUCAUCACUUGACGUUACUGCAGUCGCUUAAAAAAAAUGUUGUGUUAUAUGUCAUUCUCUUGGAUGAAAGUGUCAUAUUGUCAUGUGCCUUUCCAAUCUAGGAAACCUGUUUUUGCUUUCAAAGCCAUUUUUCAUUUUCAAACUUCUUUCAGCAGGACAUCAUUCAAGGACAGAUAAGAGUGCGCCUGCUCAUCUUGAACCUUUUGCAUAUUGCUUCAUCAUGGCUUUGAACUGAGGGCUAUUCCACCUCGACUGCCGGUGUUAAUUAAAUCCUCAAAUCUUAAUGCAUUUUCCACCAACACCCUUAGUCUUCUGUACAAUGUAUAGUAAUAUAAGUGCUUACAAUUUGUACAUAUUUUUCCACCAGUUAUAUUUGACACAAAAAAGUGACUGUAUUAAAACAUGUAUAUGAAUAGAAUGGUGUGAGUGCGGAAUAAAGAUGGUGAAGGCUUUUGGGA